AACAAGUCGUGUUUCCGGUACGGGUCGAUCAGCCACAUGCCGCGUACAGAUCCGGUAAGAAAUGAGCGCCACAGAUCUGGAAUCACAAACACCACGAGCCACUGAACUAUGAGAAAGAAACUACUUCCGCCUUAAGAAGCGUGUUGUCACUGUUAAGCUGUUCAUUCGACAGAAAUUUGAUCAAAACAAUGAAAGCGGUCAUUCAAAGAGUCACUAAAGCAAGCGUAAUGGCUGGGGAGAAGGAAAUCAGUUCUAUCGGACGAGGCAUUUGUGUUUUGCUUGGGAUUUCAAACGAUGACAGAGACAAGGAUGUAGAUUAUGUAGUUCAUAAGAUCCUGAAUCUGCGUUUAUUUGAGGAUGAGAAUGGCCGAGCAUGGUGUCACAGUGUCAUGGACAAGGGGUUGGAGGUGCUGUGUGUGAGUCAGUUCACACUGCAGUGUACACUCAAAGGAAACAAGCCAGACUUCCAUUUAGCAAUGAAUGCUGAUUUUGCUCAACCCUUCUACAACAGCGUUCUGGAACAGUUGAGGAUCAAACACAAACCAGAGCUUAUCAAAGAUGGCCAGUUUGGUGCUUACAUGCAAGUACACAUUCAAAAUGAUGGACCUGUCACCAUUUGUUUGGAGUCUCCUGCUGCUCCUAUAAAUGCCAAACAGUUGUCCAAACUAGAAAAGCAGCAGCAGUGUAAGGAAAAAACAAGAACAAAGAUCAAUUCUGGCUCUGGCAAGGACAAAGGUGUCUUACAUUCUAAAGUGGGCCCCAAUGCCAGUAGUACCACACAGGGAGAAAAAGAUGAGCCAGACUCCUUCGAAUGUGAAGAUUGAAUACUUGGACCCAAAGAGGAAAUAAAACAACAUGAAGUUUCUCAAUUAUUUUUUAAUUAUACAUUUAAAGUGUUAAAAUCUAUUGUUCAUUCAGUUAUUUGAGUUAUUACAUUUCUACAUGAAUUAAACACAUUAACUUAACAAAUA